AACUAUUUAUAAGCAGUAAAUAUCAGAAAUUGAUGAAUAAUCGAACCCGAAUUGAUGUCAAACGACUAUUUCCAGGUCCAAAUGACCAAUGAAAUGAAAAAAUGAAGUCCAUUCUAAAUCACAUUUCCAGCGACAGUUACAGUUUGAUGGACGCCGGCGAAGUUAAGAGAAUUUUUAUGUUAGGUCAAAAUCAUUUUCAAAUACGUCACGCACGCAUAAAUAAUACGUCUUCUCCUUUAAAUUUUCAUAACUUUUUUUAGUAAGUCGGCCACUUGAAAACGAGAAAUUCUAUUUUUCGUUUUUUUAUCUUAUAUAAUGUGAAUUCUGUCAAUCGCGUGUGAGCUUAUGUUCCAAGGGUCAUGAUGUUUAUUUCUGUGUCUUGUAGGAUAUUGGUAUAAAUAUGUGAGAUUUGACACAACUCACGCCAUUCUUCUUUUGAGAUUUUGGAUUCAAAGACCCCCAAAACGUGAUGAUAUCAUUAAAGGUAACGUGGGCAAUUGUCACCCUUUCUGUCAUAAUUGGCGUUGUGCUGACCAAAAAGAAGACAUCGCCUCAAAUAACCGGUAAUCCAAAGCCACCCCCUAACGCCGGUAACAGUGGAAGCAGUACUACAACCAGAAAACCUCCCAUUACUAUCAUUGACGAUCUCGAUGACUUGCUGGUACAAGCAUCAGGGUGGAAUGGUAAUGGUGGUGGUGGCGGUGGUGGAUGGCCAAGUGGAAAUGGUAAUGGUAAAGGAGGGGGAAAUGGAGGAGGAUUGCAAGUACAGGCUAUUCCAGUACAAAUAAGCAUUAUGCCGCAAAUGAUGAAUGGUGGUAACGGUAAAGGUGGUAAAGGUGGCGGUGGUAAUGGUGGAUGGCCGAGUGGAGGAGGAAAUGGUGGUGGUUGGCCAAGUGGAGGAGGCAAUGGUGGUGGCUGGCCAAGUGGUGGAGGCAAUGGUGGUGGUAAAGGUGGCAAUGGCAAAGGUGAAAACAUCUUCAGUUCUGGUUUAAAAGAAUAA